UGCACCUGGCAGAAUAUGCAGUUAUAUGUCUUAAAAGGAAGGGUGGAGCAUGGUUACAAGGAUGCAGAUAGUGAGGUGGACCUCUGAAACAUAACAACAGCAUCAUUUCCUCCCAUCUACCAUUGCUGCGAUCCGUGAGAGACAGAACAGGGGCUGCGACGGGACAGGCGGGCGGCGAGUCCAAUGGUGCAGCUCGCUGACGCACGACGCCUCAGCGCGGACCAAUAUAGUCCCUCUGUAGGCGGGUCUUUCCCCUGGUAUUCUGAUUGAAUCGGUCCAGUUUGUAUUAGUUGGACGAGCAGAGGAGCAGGAAGAAACGGGAAUAUCUCUUAACAAAUGCUGUAACUGUGGAUACAUUGCCAUUCACGGCUCCGUUUACAGCAGAUGCGGAAUGAUUUGAGAUCCAGCCGGCGCGCCAAGUCCUGACGAUCUUAUUGUCUGUGAUGCUUGAGUCUAACCGGGCUGUAUGAGCAAGGAUGCAUCAGAUGUUAACUGCGCAGGGGUGUCUUCGCUGAACAUGGACAAACAGGGCGUCUGUUACAAUGAUGAAGGCUCCUUCCUUGUUGUUUUGAAGACGGGCCACCCACAGAAUUACUGCAACACUCGCUAUGGGCAACUUAAACGCUCCUCUUAUCCAUCUUUCCCAUGAAGAACAUUGCGCAGUGCAGUGAAAACGGGAUAUCGUGUUGUGGAUUUCGAAUUGGCGCUCGCUAUAUUACCUAAUCAGCUGGUAUUCAACUGGGUAUCAUUUCCCAGUGUAGGCUAUACACAUCCAACAGACCGUGUUGGUUAACUGUCAAUGUAAGGAGCGUUUUCUUCGGUGGUGAGAGCCACUCUCCGGGGUACAGAUGAGAGGCAAACAAUAUCAUCAACCACUGAAGUUGACAGCGCCUUGGGAGAAGGAUGCUGGCUUUGGGAGGAAGCUUAAAACCUACAGGAAUCAUACCAAGAUAAUAGCACAGCCUGGGAUCGUGAUGAAAGUCCUCCGCAGGAAGAGAAUUGUGUUAUUUAUGGCCUAUUUCUUGCUGCUGGUACUCACUAUGCUUAACUUGGCUAAUUAUAAAUGGACUAAGGAGCCACAGCAGUGUAAUCAUCAGAUGAGGAGCACCACUUAUCAGAGCAGAUCUGACAUUCGCUUCCUGUACCGGCCCUCUCUGGCCAAAAAGAGACAGCUUAUCUAUGUUCUGACUACCUGGAGGUCAGGCUCGUCCUUUUUCGGGGAGCUUUUUAACCAAAAUCCUGAAGUGUUCUUCUUGUACGAGCCGAUGUGGCACAUCUGGCAGAAACUCUACCCGGGUGAUGCAGUGUCUUUACAAGGGGCAGCCAGGGACAUGCUUAGCUCCUUAUACCGCUGUGAUUUGUCUGUUUUCCAACUUUACAACAGCCCCGGGGGCAAGAAUUUCACCUCCUUGGGACUAUUUGGGGCCACCCUCAAUAAAGUGGUGUGCUCCUAUCCCCUCUGCUCAGCCUACAGGAAAGAGGUGGUGGGGAUGGUGGAUGAUAAGGUGUGUAAAAAGUGCCCCCCUCAAAGCCUUAGACUGUUGGAGGAGGAGUGCCUCAAAUAUAACACCAUAGUCAUUAAAGGGGUACGUAUUUUGGACGUUAACGUGUUGGCUCCACUAAUGGAGGAUCCAUCCUUGGAUUUGAAGGUGAUACACCUGGUCAGAGACCCGCGGGCAGUGGCCAACUCCAGAAUCAAAUCCAGACAUGGCCUGAUAAGGGAGAACUUACAGGUGGUCCGCAGCAGGGACCCUAAACUUCGCCGGAUACCUUUCGUGGAUCCUGGUCACAAAGCCAACAAGAAAGAUGGCUCAGACUACCACUCCAUAGGAGCCAUGGAGGUGAUCUGUGACCGCACCUCCAGGACGUUGAGGACUGCCUUAAACCCACCCAGCUGGCUGAAGGGGAAGUACAUGGCCGUGCGGUAUGAGGACCUGGUCGAGAACCCAGUCAAGACCUUGCGGAACAUCUACCGCUUCGCCAACCUGACCACCAACCACGACAUCGAGUCGUUUGCGCUGAACAUGACCAGUGGUUCCAGCUCCUCCUCUAAGCCAUUCAUAGUGUCGUCCAGGAAUGCCACACAAGCUGCUAGUGCAUGGAGAACAGUGCUCAGCAUUCAACAGAUCAAACAAGUGGAGGACUACUGCCACCAUGCCAUGUCUGUGCUGGGGUAUGAAAGAGUGAGAACAGCCGGGGAGGCGAAGGACUUGAGCAAAUCACUACUGACACACUCCAAACUGUGAAGACAUCCUCUCCACCAAAGACCUUUUAAUUUAAUGUUCAUUUUGCAUCGAGUGCCGUUUCCUCUUCUUGUGGAAUUAAAGCUUUACUUUAAAUCAGUGUUUGAGGAGCUCCACUGGCCACAUUUGGAAUGUAUCUUGUUUCCCCCAGUUGAAUUGCAGUGGCGUUGGAAAGGACCACUUCUUUUAUACGGGAAUACUGGAUGUGUUUGACAAUGCAAAGCCUACGAACAAUGGCUUGAAUAGUGAAGCUGCAACUAUGGAAAAAAAAAAACCCAACUGUAUAAUUCAUGUAUCUUGUUAUGAUGACACUUCAAAGUGGAUGUUUUGGGGUUAUUUUUGAAUGUUGAAAACCUUACAAAAAAUAUGUUUUUUCAGUCUCCAUACUGUCUGUAAAGGUGAAAAAUAGUGGAUGAAAGAAAAACUAAAAAAAAACAAAGAACACCUAAAAAAAAAAAGCUCAUUGCUAAUGUCUAUUUGUAAGAUCUGGUUGAAGUCAGAGACAAUCAAUUAACUGGUUUGUUGGUGUGCCAUACUGUAGGUAGAGGUGUGAUGAGUAGGCUACAUCCGGACAGCAGUAGUGCUAUCUCUAGAUUUAAAAAAAGGGAUGUUUUGAUUGUUGUCACCAAAUCCUUGUAGGAUAAUAUCAUGCACUGUGGACAAUGUCAUGGCUCUGGAGCUGGAAAGUCUCUCUCAGUGUCAGUGUAAGCAGUCUGUUCUACCAUUUCAAAUGUUUACAAUUGCUUGCUCUUAUAAAAAAAAAAACCACAUGAUCUGGGAAUAUUGCAUUGAGUAAAGUUCACAGUUAACAAGA